GGGAGUUAAAAAAGAGUCUCUUUCGGCCAACUGACGCAGAGAGAAGGGUUCAAUUAAACCAGCUGGGCCCCACCACUCUCACUCACAGUCCUCUCUUUCCUUCUCCUCCAAAUCGUAGAAGCCUUUCGUUAGUUACAGGAUAACAUGACUCACAGUUAUCCCUACUUCGAGCCUGAAUUUGUUCCUCUCUCAGAAUUCAUCCCUCCACUCGAGGCUUGCAUGGAUAAUGCUACAUCUGAUGACUUUACAAUCAUUAAGGUUGAUGGUGCAAACAAACAAGGCAUUUUACUUAAAAUAGUUCAAAUUUUAAGUGAUUUAGAUCUUAUUAUUUUGAAAUCCUACAUUUCAUCUGAUGGUGAUUGGUUCAUGAAUGUUUUCCACGUCACCGAUCACCACGGACAUAAACUCAAUGACCCUGACCUCAUAUGCUUCAUAAAACAAUUUCUCAAUAAUGCACAAAGACAAAACAGAUUUUUAAGCCCAGCCCAGGUCAAAAUCAGACAUGACAACAUAAUUAAUGUUAAUCAUAUUGCCUCCACUGUUCUCGAAUUAUAUUUUCUUGACCGCCCCGACAUUUUCUCGGAUGUCGUAGCAGUGCUCUUCAAUCUCUCCUAUGCUAUCGACUCAGGUGAAAUGUGGGCUCACAAUGGUCGUGUGGUUUGCAUUAUUUUUAUUAAAGAACAAGACACGGGUAUGCCCAUCACCGAUCGAAAUCGCUAUGACAAUUUGGGAGAAAAUCUUGCAAGUUUGAUGAAGGUCCACCAUUUGCCUAAGGAGUUAUGGGAGGUUCGACUUCGAAAUCCCACAUCAAGUCAAAUCCAUACAGAGCGACGACUCCAUCAGAUGUUACAAGAAUACAAGGAUUAUGAGAUAGGAUCACCACCAUUACCGGUUGAGGGUGAUCAAUUGAGCUUAUCUAAGCUCAUGGAUGCUGAAAGGGGCUUCGGGAAUGCCAACAAAAGUAAUGAACAAUUUUGUCGACCUCAAGUGUCUAUUGAGAAUUGGAAUGAUAGAGAUUAUUUGGUUAUAAAUGUAAAAAGUCAAGAUAGACCCAAGCUCAUGUUUGACACAAUAUGUGUUUUGACGGAUAUAGGCUAUGAUGUGCUUGAUGGCUUUGUUAGCUGCCACGAAUCAGUGGCAUUUCAGGAAUAUUUUGUGCGAGGGAUGAAUGGACAUAUAAUGUUAAAUGAGAUUGAGAAACAAAAAGUGAUUCGAAGUUUGGCAGCAGCUGUUGAGCGAAGAAUGUCUAGAGGAAUAAAGAUGGAGGUGCACACGUUUGACCGGCAUGGUCUCCUUUCAGUCUUGAGUAGAACAUUGCAACUACAUAACAUGUCAUUCAAAACUGCAGAGUUUGCAAAAGAUGAUUGCUUGGCCGUCUGAACAUUCUACAUUACUGACAACGAUGGAAACAAUAUUAAUCAACAAAAGGUGAAGAUGUUGGAAGAUGAACUCGGAAAAGACAGUUUCGUUGAAAAAAAGAAUAAUCAUAAUAUUAAUUCAACGAUUCAUGGGAGAUGGAACAUUUUUUCUGCAUUUUGUUCUCUCGGGAGGAGUUUGUGGUCUCACAUCAAACGCAU